UCCAGAACCGUAGACGGUUGGUUUCGGUCGUCGAUUCCCGCGUGCUGCACGUCUCUUCGUAAGUAGCUCCCGUUGGGUUGGAAGAAAGUGCCGUCGUAAGCUAACGGCGUGUCUGUACGUUUCUUUCUCCCUGUAGUGGCUGUCUGAUUUUUUAUUAUUAUUAUUUACGGUUCUUCGCGUCUACGGAAUGUUUUGAAUGAUUCGACUUGUAAACGUGCUCGAUUCAUUCAACAAAUAAACAAUACGGGCCCCCGAACGAGCUGGCAAAUGGUGGUAACUGGGAGUGAGGGGAAUGUGUCGGUGAUUCAAGUUGUUUGAUCAGGAAGAAAUAGCCAAAAAAAAAAAGCGCGGCAAAUUAGGCCACCCGAAAUUCUACUUCCGGCUUAAGGAUAUCUUUCGGGUGCAGUUGCAAUCCGAAGGCUGAAAUGCGGUUGCCGCAAUAGUGAGUGAGUGACAGGUUGACAGUGACCUUGCAUGCGGAUGUGGGAGGUAUAAAUAAUACCUCCAGGAAAGUGGAAUACAAUUAACCUUGCACAAAAAUCACCGGAUAGCGGGGAACAGAAAGACAAACCUAAAAUUAAAAAAAACUUCAGUGUGUUUACCUGUGAAUCGACAAGAAGAAAGUGAAUAGCAAAUUAACCGAAAAUAAACCGGUCCCCGGGGCACAGCUGGAAGCAGGCAGGAGGAACACAUCAGUCGCCAUGACCUUGGUCAAAGCUCGAAGACUGCGGGGCGGUACCGGCGCUGGCCUACUUUUGUCCACUCUGUUGGUGCUCUUCGCACACAUUCUGACAGGUGGCCGCUGUCCGGAAGUGGCUGCAGCAUCCGACAGCAUUUUCGAUAACAUUUUCAACCAUUUGGUGUCGACGGCAGCCACGGCUCAGAACUAUCUGGAUCUGGCCAGCAGCGGCAAUACCGAAUCUGGGGCUGCCGGAGUGGCCGGACAUAUUCCGCCAACCGAGGCGGAAGCGACGGCAUCGUUCCUGGGCAUCAAUCCGACCGCGUCGACGGCCAGCGCUAGCAGCAGUGAAUCGUCGCCCUUCUGGAAUCCAUUCACCUGGCUACGAUCCCGGGCCGCUUCGAUCCCGUACAAUCCGGACACGGAUCUGACGACGCCGGAAAUCGCCGUCCGCCAUGGCUAUCGGGCGGAAUCGCACACCCUCCGGACCCAGGACGGGUACCUGCUGACACUGCACCGGAUACCGUGUGGGCGGGUCGGCGGGUGCCCCGGGGGCAAGGGAAGUGGCCAGCCGGUGUUCCUGCAGCACGGACUCCUCUCCAGUUCGGCCGAUUGGUUGCUGAGUGGGCCGGAAAAGGCGCUGGCCUUCAUACUGGCCGAUGCCGGAUACGACGUGUGGCUUGGGAAUGCCCGCGGCAACACCUACUCGCGGAAGCACGUGUCCAUGAGCAGCGACGAGGCCGCCUUCUGGGACUUUAGCUGGCACGAGAUGGCCCUGUACGACAUCCCGGCCGAGAUCGAUUUCGUGUACGCCAUGAGAGAAAUGGAACGAAACGACACCCAGAAGAAUCUGCUGUACGUAGGCCACUCGAUGGGAACCACCAUGAUCUUCGUGCUGCUGGCCAGCCGUCCGGAAUACAACGACAAGGUCGAGGCCGUCUUCGCGAUGGCUCCGGUGGCCUUCAUGGGCCACGUCAAGAGUCCCAUCCGGCUGUUGGCUCCGUUCUCCCAUGACAUCGAGAUGAUCAUAAAAUUUUUCGGCGGCAACGAGUUCAUGCCCCAGAACAAAAUCAUCCGGUAUCUGGCGAAAUACGGCUGCGAGCUGACGGAAGCCGAACGGUACAUCUGCGAGAACACCGUGUUUGUGUUGUGUGGCUUCGACAAGGAACAGUACAAUGCCACCCUGAUGCCGGUCAUCUUUGGCCAUACCCCGGCCGGAACGUCCACCAAAACAGUGGUCCACUACGCCCAGGAGAUCCAUGAGAGUGGUAACUUUCAGCGGUUCGAUUACGGGGAGGCGGAAAAUUCCCGCCGUUAUGGGCAGGCCAAACCGCCGAGCUACGAUCUGGAAGCCAUCCGGACACCGGUGGCCCUGUUUUAUGCCAACAACGACUGGCUAGCCGGGCCAAACGACGUUGCCAACUUGUUUAAUCGGCUGUCCCAGUCGGCCAUCGGAAUGUUCAAGGUGCCGAAUGAUAACUUCAACCACGUGGACUUCCUGUGGGGCAACGAUGCACCGGAAGUGGUCUACAAGCAGCUGGUGAUGCUGAUGCAGAGGUAUAAGUGAAGGGUGCUCUUCUAUCGUUUUACAAGUAGAUUACUACUCAUAGAGAGUUUUUUUCCCUUAUCAAUUUUCUGACAAAUAUGUGUACGCUUUCCCAAAUACCUAAAUUACGGCCUUUAGAACAAUGUUGAAAUUAUUAGAUA